AUGCCUAGCCUUGCGAACUUGGCGAACAAGGAGCUCCGGUUUGCGCUGCUCGCUCUUUUCCCCUCUGCAGAUUUGAAGUUGGUGAGCGAGGCCGCACGCUGCGGCGACUUAGACGUGGCUAGUGAUUUCAUCCGAAAUGCCCUCUCCGAGUGCGCCACUGCCACAGCUGCAGCCGCGACGGUUAGCGACCCGCCUUCGGAGCCUCUGCCCGUCGAGGUGCCUGAAAAGAGUGCGAUCCGGCAUGCGAAGGAAGAGGCCGAGCCGGCUUCUCUCCUCCUCGCCGAGCCACCACCUGUCAGCGAUUUCCCCAAAGAGGCCAUCGAGGCAGCAACGCACGAGGGUGUAAAACCAAAAGCUACCGGAUCUGGCUACGAUCCAGCUAGGCCGGCGCAGGGGUCACUGACUGCUGAUGGCUGGGAGAUAAAAUGCCAUGUCAAUCUCCACAAGACCUGUCAAUCGCUCCGGACAUUGGAGUAUCCGACAGAGAAGCGGAGCACUGCCGCAGAGACCAUCUUGCGCAAUGUAGGCACCGACAACACGGCCGCCUUUGCCGCCGUAUGCUUCGAGCGGAUGAUGCAGCGAGAACAGGAGAUGGAUGAUGAUUUCUGCGUGUUCUACCAUCACUACAACAGCGCCUCCCUCCUCUACGAAGUCCAGGCAGAGAUCGCAAGGCAUGCCUUCCGGCUGCCCGACACCUUCGCCCCCCUUCCCCGUAUCUUCUCGGGACACUUCAAGGGAGUGACCCUCGGCAAGCUAAAGGCGGCUUUCGAGACAGAAAAUGCGCUAAGUGGCCAGGAUCACGACCCCUGGUUUCGCUCCCUGGCCAUUUCGGCCUCUCCCACGCUCUUUGCCUUCGGCUCCGAGGCGCCGCCCCUGACCUGCUUCCGACAAGGCUACGGCUGCACCGACCUUUCCUUUCAGGGCCUGCUAACGAAAAUGCUGGAGGACGCCCUGGCAGUGACAAAUCGCACGGCUUCAGAGCUUUGUGCCAAGUUGGCCGAGGUGGGCGCGAGCUUCGGUUUGCAAGUGCAGGGCUAUGGCCACAAAGGCAACAGCAGCAUCAAGCGCUUGGGGGGCCAGAUGCUGCAGAUCUUCAUACACAAGGAUCACGUGGCUGAGCACGUCUACCAUUGCCUGGCAUUCGGUUUGCCCAUUGCCACCGAUGUCCGGCCAUGGCUGGCAGACCCGGAGAGGGCGAAGAAGCCCCUGGACGGACAGGUUCGGAUCCUCUUCGAUCCCGAGCUCUUCGUAGACGGCCGUGGACAGCCCUGCCGUGGCCAACUCUUUCACUACUGCGGGGACUGGGAAUUCCUCGGCGGGGACGCCGAGAUGGAG